AUGACGGAAUGUUUUUCAGCUCGUUGUCAACAAGAUCGAAAAAUAGUUCGACGAGAAUUUAAUAAAUGGACAAAAAAUUUAUUAUUUCAAAUUGGUUUAGAAACAAUAACAAAAAAUCAUUUCGAUUUUGAUGUUAAUCUAUUUAAUCAAACAGAUGAUGAACAAAUACCAAUUGAUUUUAAUCCUGAACAAGAAUGUUUAUUUUGUAUUAAUCGACAAGAAUAUCUUGGCAAUAAAAAAGCAAAUAAUCAAAUCAAUGAAUAUCAUCAUUCAUUAACAGAAACAAUUAUUGAUGAUGAUGAAAAUGCACCAUUAGAUUUAAGUUUAAAACCUACAACAAAUAAUUCGUCCUUAAUUACAUCAAAUAGUCGAACAAAUAUUAAACAUCGACCAUUGUUUGAUAUUAAGUCAGAUAUACCUGCAAUGUAUGGUCAAGAAGAAUUUGAUCGUUUUAUGUCUGACAUGAUUACUAGUCAACUUGAUUUUUCAUCUCAAUCAUUUUUAAAUAUGAAUCUCUUUCCAACAUCAUCAACUAUUCCUAUACAUUAUUCACAAACAAAUAAAAAAUUAUCUUCAUCUAUACAUGAUACACACAUAGCUCAAUUAGCUAAACAAAUGGCAUAUGAACGUAUGUUACAAGAAAUUGAUUAUCAACGUCAUAUAUCAACAAAUAAAAAAUCAAAAAUUUUAAAUAAUUUUUCAUCAUCUAUUUUAACUGAAUCUAUUCAUGUUAAUCAUAUACUUAAUGAUGUUAUGAUGCGUAUAUUACGUGAAACAUUUGAAAAACAACAACAACAACAACAACAACAACAAUCAUCAUCUGUAUCACAACCAAGAGCAUCACGUAAAGGUGAAUUAUUAUUUGUUAAAAAACAAAAUAUUAAUAAUGAUGAACAAUUUAAUACAAAUAUUUUUAAUCAUUUUAAUAAUAAUUAUAAUACUAAAAAACAACAUAAGCAUAAUAAUAAAGUAAAUCCUUCAUCUUCAAGUUCAUCAUCAACAUCAAGUGUAUCAUCAACUCGUUCAUCAUCUAUACAUAUAAAAAAUAAAAAUAAAACAAAAUUAAAUCAUUCAAAUAAUUAUAUACCAAAAGGACGAUCAAAUGAAAUAAUCAAUAAUAAUAAUAAUAAUAAAAUUAUAAUUGGUACAGAUGGUAAACAAAUCCGUCCAAAACGUGGUCAAUAUCGUCGUUAUGAAUCUGAACAAUUAGCUAAAGCUGUAGCAGCUGUAUUAAGUAAUGAAAUGUCUGUACAUAAAGCUGGUUCAUUUUUUGGUGUACCACAUUCAACAUUGGAAUAUAAAGUCAAAGAACGAAAUAUUAAAGUAUCAACAACAAUAACAAAAAAUAAAAAUGAAUCUAUAUCUAUUAAUGACAAUGAUAAUAAUAAUAAUAUAAAUCAUAAUGAAAAUAAUGAUGAAGAUGAUGAUAAAUUAUCGAAAAGACUUACUACUUAUCUUCCUCCAUCGAACAGUAGUAUAAAUAAUGAUCAUCAAGAUAUAAUUGAUAAUGAAAAUGAAUCCAAUGAUGAUGAUGAUGAUGAUAAUAAUAAUGAUCUUGAAGAAUAA